ACAGGACAGUUUGGACGUCGUCUUGAGCAGAUCCAUGGUAGCUGAGCGGGUAAUGCCGGCUAGGUUUUCGUCAAAUUACCACGCCAUGCAGUCCAUGCCGAUGGUAGCAAACAAAAUUCUUACCGGAACAAUGAUAAUGACUGACCCAAAUGCAAUGACCCACAUGACGAUGUUUGGGGACUACAAACUGCCAGGGAAAUCUCUCAUCCCGCCGAGCAUGAUGCAGGUUAGAUCGAUGUAUGCAGACAUCAAGAGUAUACAAGGACGAGGCAGUCUUGACGAUCAGAUGUACACAAUGCAACCCAUGGUAACCGAUGGCUUAGUUUUACCUGGAGGAAUGCUUACACACCCGUUAAUGACUUCUAAAUCUUCUAUGGUCAAGGAUGACAUGAUGACGGGUAUAACUAUGAUCAGUGGUAAGCCGCUCUCUGGCAGAGUGAUGGUGGGGAAUGCACGCGCGGUCACCACCCGCGCGGCCACAACAGACAAGACCAGCCCUACCAAAACACCCAACUGCGACCGUGUCCUACAAAACCGUCCGCCCGAGGAUCGAACGAUUCCGUGUCCGAAAAUAAUCGGACCCUCCGUUGCAUCAAAGCCCCAUGGCAUGGGAGAUAAGCAUCCACUUUCAAAACUUCGUCAAAUUGAUAGAAUGACCGCUUCCAGAUAUGCCAGCGAGCAGUCCCAAGGUCCUUCAUCGGAUAAAAAGAUUCCUGACAAUCACAAGACUCAAUUUAAAAGCUUCCCUGAAAACAGCUCUCGAAAUCUCAAAGAAGAAUUUGUAGUAAACACUAAUGAUUCAUUGGGAAAAAAUAUCCAGUCUGCCGAACGCGAAUCAGAAUUCGUCUUCGGUAGAAAUCCGAAGUUUGGCAGCGAAGAUUUCGGAACUUCUACAGUCGACUCAAUGGCACUAGAUCGGACCAAAUCCCCAGGCCAAAACUCUUCUUUUGGCCUCAAGAUGUCGCCGAAUAAAACAGUAUCCCCAGUGAUGAGAUCCACCCAUCGUACCAUAUUGGGAGACAAUAACUUGGCACAACCUGAGUGCAGUGGGUCUAGCGGUCCAAGCAUGUCUUCAGAGAAAAAUAGUUCGACCAUCAAAGUUCGUUCGGGGAAGCACAUUGUUCAUUGGUUCCGUCGAGGCCUUAGGCUACACGACAAUCCCGCUCUCAGAGACUCUAUAUUCAAUUGUGAAACAUUUCGCUGUAUAUAUAUUCUCGACCCGUGGUUUGCUGGCUCCUCUAAUGUGGGAGUCAAUAAGUGGAGGUUCCUCCUUCAGUGUUUGGAAGAUGUCGACAACUCCUUGCGUAAUCUCAACUCCCGUUUGUUUGUGGUACGAGGGCAGCCUGCCAACGUACUGCCUCAACUUUUUAAGGAAUGGAACACGACUGUGCUGAGCUUCGAGGAAGAUCCUGAGCCCUUCGGCCGUGCGCGGGAUGCCAGCAUCAUCGGCAUCGCCAGGGAGAUGGGAAUCGAGGUUGUCGUACGCACAUCCCAUACGCUCUACAAGCUGGACGAAAUAAUCGAGAAGAAGGGAGGGAAGCCGCCUCUGACGUACAAGACGUUCCAAAACAUCCUGGCUAUGAUGGACCCUCCGCCUGCUCCUGUGCCACCUAUCGUGGCGGGUGAUCUGCAGCACGCGUUCACACCCAUCCAGCCCGACCACGAUGACAAGUAUGGCGUGCCCAACCUCGAACAUCUUGGCUUUGAAACGGAACAGCUCCCGCCGACUGCGUGGAAGGGCGGUGAGACGGAGGCACUUCAGCGUCUCAAACACCACCUGGAGCGGAAGGCUUGGGUGGCCUCCUUCGGCCGUCCCAAGAUGACGCCGCAGUCGCUCUUCGCCUGCCCUACAGGACUCUCCCCUUACCUUCGCUUUGGCUGCCUCUCAGCUCGAAAAUUUUACACUGAACUCAAUGAACUUUACACUAAGAUCAAAAAAGUACCUGCACCAGUUUCGCUUCACGGCCACCUACUUUGGCGGGAGUUUUUCUACACGGCUGCCACGAACAACCCAAAAUUCGAUCACAUGAAAGGCAAUCCAAUCUGCGUCCAGAUACCGUGGGACAAGAAUCCUGAGGCCCUGGCGAAAUGGGCUCAUGGCCAAACUGGCUUUCCGUGGAUCGACGCGAUCAUGACUCAGCUGCGCGCGGAGGGUUGGAUCCACAACGUGGCACGGCACGCGGUCGCCUGCUUCCUGACGAGGGGCGACCUCUGGGUGUCGUGGGAGGAGGGCAUGAAGGUAUUUGACGAGUUGCUUCUGGACGCCGAUUGGUCAGUGAAUGCGGGAUCGUGGAUGUGGCUGUCGUGCUCCUCCUUCUUCCAGCAGUUCUUCCACUGCUACUGCCCUGUGCGCUACGGCAGGAAGGCUGAUCCCAACGGCGACUUUAUACGAACCUACUUGCCGGUUCUUAAGAACUUCCCGACGAAGUACAUCCACGAGCCAUGGAUGGCGCCGGAGAGCGUGCAGAGCAGCGCGCGCUGCAUCAUCGGACAGCACUACCCGCUGCCGAUGGUCGACCACGCCACGCAGUCCCAGACAAACAUCGAGCGCAUGAAGCAAGUCUACCGCCAGCUCGCCCACUACCGAGCCACCAUGUCAUCAAGGUCCGGUGGAGAUUCGAAAUCACGCUGCAAGCAUCAACAGACUUCAGCUCCCAACAGGAGCCUCUGCAGCAAUCGCGUUCUUACAACUGUUUAAAUAGUAACAGGACUUUAAUUAAGUUAGGAUUGGGUUAACAACAAUCAGCGGUUCCAGAGCAUCGGUAACAUGGAAAGAUUUCAUAUGCUUGUAUUAAGCUACUCUGGAACACUCAUCAUUCAAUUCUGAAACAAGAAUUUUUUCACACUAUCUGAUUACUGGAAACAAAAAUGGGAGAUGUGGUUAAAUAAAACUAGAUUUUUUUCGAUUGGAUUAUCCAUUAAAAGUGGGUAUGGCGUUUUUUGAUGUACGGAAAUUUGUCCUGUUAGUCCACAGUCAAGAAUAACUCUGAAAUGUGGUGAUUAAUUACUUUAAUUAUGAGUUGAGUCGCUCGGGGGGCUGUUGUAUUGCUUUCUCCCUCUGUUGUAUUUCACCUCAAUUUGUGGGCGAUUUAUUUUCCCGUACAGCAAGAAGGAUGAAGAUUCCUGUAGGAAUGAAACCAUCUAAUGUGACCUUAACUAUGAGAUAGAAUGUUUUAGGAAAUUAAAAUUUGUGCAAAUACCAAAUUUACCGGAUUAACUUUUGUAAAAUAAUAAUGCCAGAAUGUUUGUCGCAGUAUCAACGGCUUACCUGAAAUUAAUUGGACGUUUAAACAUCAGGCUUCUUAGAAUAUAAAGAAUGUUAUUUAAGCGCUCCAGUGGAGCUGAAAUGUUAGAUGAUAAAUUCAAUAAAACCCUUUACUUCUGCCGUGUCUGUGUCGUUACCUGCUGGAGGUUGUAGCGAGGGCUUCUUGGCAGUCAUCGUGGGUCUGGUAGAGGCCAACAUACCGCCUGCCCCAGAGAGCGACUUGAUAUUAUAAGAUAACUUGUCAAACAUCGGAAAACCUUUGAUUAUAUUAGGACGGAAAUGAAAUAACUAUACUAAGCAACCAUAUUGUAUUAGCAGAGAGGUUUUUAUAUUGAAAACAGUGUUAUCAAUAAAAUUCAAAGAAGAAAAAUUCAAGUAAAUAGCGUGAAGAAGAGACGUUUAUUGCGGAAUAUAUUAUAUAUAGUAAUGAAUGUGAAGCACUUAACUUCCAUACGACAUGAUGCAUGGUAGCUCUCAACUUGAGGACUUGCCCGGUCAGUGGUCAGUGGCUGAAAAUUUUGUAGCGCAGCUUGUUAAUUUUCAAUCGCAUCGUUAAGUGUCCAUUUUUUUAGAACAAACACCAUGCGGACUAAGUGUGUGUUAUCGCUUGAUGCUUCCUGGUAUGUAUAUGCCAGAUAUAUCCUUAAAGUUGUCGUAUAUGUUAAACCCCGAUGAGGCAUUACAUGGGGGUAUUUCUUCUGUGUGUUAUUUCAGUUCAAGUUGCAAUUAUUGUACCGCAACUCUCGAACUGUGUUCAUACAGAACAUUUUUUCCAAGUCUGUGGAACGUGUUAGAUAUAUUUUUUGGUGCUACAACCGUUCGUGAUUGGGUAAAAUCGACACACGUUUUUACGUGUGAAAUUAUCUGUUAUAUAACUACAAAUAACAACAA